GGGCAAUAAAAGGCUCCGCAGGGGCAGGGACCCGGGAGUGGGCACAUGGGGGUGCGGGUGUGCAGGUGCCAAGCGCCAUGGGUUAGGCCCGAGAUUGGAGUCCGGCCGCCCUCCGACAGCAGCCGCCUCCUGCUCCCCGCGCGCCCCAGGUGCCACCAUGUCGGGCGACAAACUUCUGAGCGAACUCGGCUAUAAGCUGGGACGCACGAUAGGCGAGGGCAGUUACUCCAAGGUGAAGGUGGCCACGUCCAAGAAGUACAAGGGCACGGUGGCCAUCAAGGUGGUGGACCGGCGACGCGCGCCACCAGACUUCGUCAACAAGUUCCUGCCCCGCGAACUGUCCAUCCUUCGGGGCGUGCGGCACCCGCACAUCGUGCACGUCUUCGAGUUCAUCGAGGUGUGCAAUGGGAAGCUGUACAUAGUGAUGGAGGCGGCUGCCACCGACCUGCUGCAGGCAGUGCAGCGCAACGGGCGCAUCCCCGGGGGUCAGGCGCGCGACCUCUUCGCGCAGAUCGCCGGAGCUGUGCGCUACCUGCAUGACCACCACCUGGUGCACCGUGACCUCAAGUGCGAAAACGUGUUGCUGAGCCCUGACGAGCGCCGAGUGAAGCUCACUGACUUUGGCUUUGGUCGCCAGGCACAUGGCUAUCCUGACCUGAGCACCACCUACUGCGGCUCGGCUGCCUACGCGUCGCCUGAGGUACUCUUGGGCAUCCCAUACGACCCCAAGAAGUACGACGUGUGGAGCCUGGGCGUCGUGCUCUACGUCAUGGUCACCGGGUGCAUGCCCUUCGACGACUCGGACAUCGCUGGCUUGCCCAGGCGCCAGAAGCGCGGCGUACUCUACCCCGACGGCUUCGAGGUGUCCGAGCGCUGCAAGGCCCUGAUCGCUGAAUUGCUGCAGUUCAGCCCGUCCUCCAGGCCCUCGGCGGGCCAGGUAGCGCGCAACGGCUGGCUGCGUGCUGGGGACUCUGGCUAGAAGCCGGGGUUCCCGCCAUUUACGCCGCCCUGAGCACUGCGCAAGCGCAGCGCACGCGUGCGAGGCGUGCUUCAGUACUCCAGCGAAGCCGACACGCGCCACUGCGCACGCGCACACCCCCUUCUUUCCCCCCCCCCCCCCCGCCCUCGCCGCUUUUCCUUUCUCUGGAUGGUUGGGGCUACAGUCGCCCCUGUUUAGAAUCUAGCUCCUCUCCCCAUGAUCCCAAGAGCAAGAGGGCGCAAGCGCUUCCUCUGUUUCCUAAGAGAAGUCCCCAGGAGGGGAAGGGACGAGAGGAAUCGGAAGCAUUGAGCCAGCGCGGAAUGAGCGAUGGCUGCAGGCAGGCCGUGGCUACUUGGAGGAGCUGCCAGCGAGUGGACGCGUGUGAAGGACGCCCUCCUCGAGACAGCCGCGAAAGCGUGUGAGGGACGGCAAGCUCCCGGCGCUGCAUCCUUGGAACUUGCAAUAAACUCGCUCUUUCUCGCA